CAAGUCUCAGUUGCCUCCGCUUCUGAGACCGCCAAUCCAUGCAUCUUAUCAUGUGGCUCGUUGUGCAUGACACCCCGGAGACUCCCAGCAUGUGGGGGCUCAUGCUACUCUCCAUGAUCCAUGCACAACUUACCACGCGUGCCAUUGAGAGAGCGAGAACCACUAAUCGUGACCACAAGGAGGUUACCCCAUGUGACUCUACCCUCCCUAGAAACCGGGCCAAUUUGGUUGCUUAGGAGACCUGGCUGGAGUCACUCAGCACACCCUGGAUUCGAACUCGCGACUCCAGGGGUGGUAGUCAGCGUCAAUACUCUCUGAGCUACCCAGGCCCCCUACAAGACCAUCAGAGAUAUGGAGAAUUUGGUAUCCACCAAUAGCAGCGAGGAGGGGUCCAGAAACAACCAAUCCGAGAGUGAAGAGAGGACAUUUGUGACCAAUCUGUACCGUUUUAUGAAGGAGAGAGGGACACCUAUAGAGAGAAUUCCUCACCUUGGUUUUAAACAGAUCAACCUGUGGAAAAUCUACAAAGCUGUGGAGACACUGGGUGGAUAUGAUGCAGUAACAGCGCGAAGGCUAUGGAAGAAUGUGUACGAUGAGCUGGGUGGUAGUCCAGGCAGUACAAGUGCAGCCACGUGCACACGCAGACACUACGAAAGGUUGGUUUUGCCCUUUGAGCGGGAGCUGAAAGGAGAAGAGGACAAACCACUGCCAACCUCCAAACCUCGCAAACAGUACAAGAGGAGCCCUGAGAACAGAGGAAGUAAACCAGAGAGCAAGAGGAAGAGGAAGAUGGAGAGGGAAGAGUGCAAGGAGAAAGUUGGAUCAGAACAUCACUGUGAGAGAGGAGCAUGUUCCCAUCACAGAUGGUCAGCAUCUUCUGAUCACCCAGACACUGACCAGUCGUCUACAAUCCCUGUCCAUGGUCCCUAUCCUAGCACCUGCUCCAGGGAGAAUCCCCUCCUUCAGACUUCCACCCCAGCUGAAGUCAUCUCUCCGCUGGAGAAAAAGAAGCGACUUGCCCAGGCUAGCCUCACUGUGCCCACCUCUGGGACUACUGAAGAACAAGAACUGGAGCGACCCUCAGUUAUUCAGCUUUCCCAAUCUUCCCAGUCUCCCACCUGCCCCUCCUCCACUCGCACCCGCCACUCCUCCGAUGGAUCACCCCUCCCGGUCUCUUCUCCGUCUGCCUCCCUCUCCCGUAGCCCCUCUCCCUACUCUAUCUCUUCUGAAGACUGCAUAGCCGUGACAAGUCAGAAGUCUCCUGUUGCAGAGACUGAGAGCAGGACGUCCUCUCACUCUUCUUCACUCCCGACGUCAGAGGCCGGUAGCACUGGACUAUGUAAACCUCUCAGUUGUUACCCCACCAGCAAAGAACUCAUGAACUACCACCACCACUACCGGGAAUCCUUGCCUGCUGGGCUGCCAUAUUCUAAGGAUUCCCAGAGAAGUCAUUCGGCAUGGACCUCGGAUGGCAAAUCCAAUGGCAGAUUUACAUCCUACAGGCUCCCCUCGCCUGCUUCAUACACCACCAAAACCUGCUGGAUUCCUCCUGCCUCCAGCUUCUCCAAAGUCCUACCCUGUGAUCCCUGCAGGUCUGUGUCACUACAGCCUGCAUUUAAACCCCACAUCUCCUACCACCAGCACCACCUAAAAAGGCCCAGCACAGAUGAAGCCUACUUGAAGAAGAUACCAGUGGCAUCUCCACUUCGCAUUAUGGACAGAAAAGAAAAGGCAAAGACAGUGUUGCCCAAGCCUCUGCCUACCCAGCAGUAUCUAUAUCACCCCCAUGCUAGUCUGACAAUGCCCUACCUGGCAGCCUUAGAGGGGCCUCGUGGAAACUUAGCCGAACACUUGAAAACUCUACCUCUACAACCGGUCCUUUUUCCAACCCAUCUAACCAUCCCUCCUUCUCAGACUCACUCUAUGCAUUGUCCGCCAGCAGGCAACUCCUUUCCUGGGGCUUACGAGACUGCUCUGCCCUCCUACCCUUAUCCAUUACCACUCUGGCAUCCACCUGCUGGGUACAGCAUGGCAGGGCUACAGCCAUACUGAUCUAAUGCAAAACCACUGGUCCUUGCUGUCAAGACUUCUGUAGGGCCUUCUGGACUACGUGCUAAGUUAACAUGAAAUCAAAAGACACGUUUUACUUUCUUGCACGUUCCUGGUAUUGUACGCGCUUCGUCAGUGUACGUUAUUCAAAAGAAAAAAAGUGUUCGUCUUGUUAAUCUGUUAUUUAAAUGUAAUAACUUGCGACCUCUGUACCAGCUUUCCCUUUUGGUUGAUGUCACCAAGGCCAUGAGGGUUUCAACCAAUGGGAUGCCAGCAGUGUUUCAGGAGGGGAGUUGUCCUCCACAAUUGAGUUGUCCUCUGGUAUGGAAUAUUUUUCUGUAAUGUACAAUUGUAUAUUGCAUGUAAAAAAAAUAUUUUUGUAUAAAUUACAUUUGUCACAAUCAUGUCAAGUCUGUGAAUUAAGUGCUAAGAUUAUAGCACCAGGAUGCACAAACAAUGCAAGACACACCAUACAUGUUGAAAUGGCAGAUUUAUUUUAAAGGAUGUUCAAACAAGGAGAAUUCAAAUUCAAGACUUUCAAAAGUAAACUGAACAUAUUUUGAGUCCCACACAAUGAGGAAUGUAACAUUUUGGUCUUAACAUUUGAAAAGCAAAGCAGAGACAACUUCUCUAUCUCCACUGCUAAAAAAUGUGCAAACUUUUGUAAUGCUUCAAGUCACAGAUUAUAUGAAUAAUUCAUAUCCAACAGGACAAAUAUGCACUGCAUUUUUUAGGCAAAUCUAGAAUGUUCAAGCAGCUAAUGCUGAACAGCAAGCAUACAUGACCAAUUCAAAUGUGAGUGGUUUGUCACUCAGUAAAACAGUAAUGGGAAACUUUAUUACAAAGCGCAAAAACAUCGAGCAGGAAAAGUACGAUUAGAUACGAUCUUUAUAUCUACGGUGUGCAAGGGACCAUCUAAAAAUUCCACAAACUGCGCUAAAACGCCGGUGUCCAAACGCUCAUUAAAUUGACUUGCAUAUACUAACAUAAACAUUGUUAUUAAAGCACUUUCUCAUCCUAAAGGUUGCAUUAAACUGCUGGCGUGAUGGCUCACUUUCUACAUUUGAAACCAGCAUGUCCAAUUAUGAGUACAGUGUUGAAUUAUUUUAGAAAAAACUAAUUUGCUGACAUUUGACCAAGAUAUUAUUUUCAUAUUGUAAAGGUUGUAGAAGGCUGCUAUUAGAUAUGCUGACUUACUCUAGGUGAGAUUCUCCCAGGAUGUAGAACUAUACAUACAUAGUACUAUUUUUUUUUUUUUAAA